GACUAGUUUCCGAAACAAGAAAUAUUUCAAAGUUCGUUCUGUGUUUGUAACAGACUUGUGAGAGUCUGUGUGAGGAUUUCGCUUUCACGUGUUAGAUUUGAACCGCUGCGAUUAUUUCCAGACGAAAUUAGCAGUACAUAAUGUAAUUAGUCUACAUCAGCGAAGCGAAAUAACUAUUAGCUAAAGCAGCUAACAGCAGUGAGAUAAUUAGUGUUUGUGGCAUUUAAACCUUUUACAUUUCAUAAUGUAGUACCACAAGAAAACUUACUGUGAAGGUUGAAGACAACUAUUACGAAGACCUUCAUCGUCUUCAGCCUGAGAUGAUGAAGGUAGAAGCAGAUGAACCUCGAGGGUUCAGCCUGGAUCCUCCUGUUCCUGCAGCAUCCACAUCAGAACAAGUGGAAAAACAAGACAGCCAAGAUCUCAAGACAACAGUCCAAAUGUUGAUUAAAGCAGAGGUUCCCCAUGGUGGUAGUUCCAGUCUUGACCAGAAGGAUCCUGAACCCCACAUAAAAGAGGAAGAGGAGGAACAACUGAUCAGUCAGGAGGAAAUGCAUCUUUCCGUGAAGAGGGAAGAUGAAGAGAAAACUGAGUUAUCAGAGUUUCAUCAGAUCAAAACCGAAGACGACCUAGAAACAGAAGAUCCAACUAGCAGCUUAGCUGAACAGAUUGGAUCAGAACCUGAUGAAGAGGAGUUUGGAGGAUCAGAACCAGACAGAAUCCAAGAUCCAGGAGGCGUUUCACAACAAAGUAAGAUGAGGGUUCAGAAAAAAGGCAUAAGAUCUAAAUUGUGUUCCAAACGUAGGAGACAGAUUGGAGUUGAAGAUGAAGAUAAACCCUUUGGUUGCAUUGUUUGUGGCAAAAGAUUCAAACGCAAGACUCACAUUAAAUUGCACAUGAUGAUUCACUCUGGAAAGAUAGAGUACAGCUGUGACCUUUGUAGUAAAGGGUUUAAAGAAAAGACUUCGCUUCUUACACACAUGAGACUCCACACUGGAGAGAGGCCUUUUACUUGUGAUGAUUGUGGUAGAAGGUUCCAUGCAAAGAGAAUCCUUAAAACUCACCUGAAGGUCCAUUCAGAAGAAAAACCGUUUUCUUGUGAUGUUUGCAGUUCAAGAUUUAAAAUGAAAGAAACUCUUAAAAAGCACAUGCGGAUCCACCUCAAGGAGAAACCAUUCGUUUGUAGUGUUUGCAGUAAGGGAUUUUCACAACAAGAGAAUCUAAAGAGUCACAUGCGUGUUCACACCGGUGAGAAACCGUACAUCUGUAACGUUUGCAGUCAAGGAUUUUCUCUACAUCAGACUCUAAAGAGACACAUGUGUGUUCACACGGGAGAAAAACCAUUUGCUUGCAGUGUUUGCCAUAAAGAAUUUUCGAGACAGAAUUGUCUAAAGAUUCACAUGCAUGUCCAUACAGAAGAGAAGCUGUUUAGCUGUAAUAUCUGCAGCAGAGGAUUUUCACGACAAGCCUAUCUAAGAAAACACAUGAAUGUUCACAUGGCAAGAUUUGGCUGUAACGACUGUAGUAAACAUUUUGUGAAGAAAAUAGAUUUGCUGCAACAUGUGAAGGUCCACGCAGAGAAAAGCCCAUUUGGUUGUGAUGAAAAUUUGAUCAAAAAUGUCAUCUAGAAAACAGUGAGAGAAACUGAUGGUAAAACAAGAAGCAAAUGUAUGAAUCCACUACAAAUGUUAAUCCCAUUUGACCUUUUUCCUGUAAAAAUUCCAACACAUUUAAAUCUUUCCCUAGGAUAUCACCGCUAUCAUUCAUGUGCUCAGUGCAAUUUCCCUUACAAAGAUACUGCAAAUAGACAUCUAAUCACCAGGAAGUUAAUAAGAGAAACAAUUUCAAAACAUGUUACCCAUCUCAAAAAUAUGAACAAAAAAACCUUAAUAGCAGGCCACUGACAUUGCAUGCAAGCCACAAAACUCAUUAUCAACACAUUUUAAAGAGUCAAAUCAUUGCUCUUACUCACUGAGAUAAAUUCGAUCAACACCUUGGAGGUUGAGAUGUAAACAAAAGUUUUUUGCAGACAUUAACCCCACAAGAUCUUUUGUCAAGAGCAUGAUACAGAAUCAUCUUGUAAAUAACUUGUCAUGCAAAGCUGACAGUACUAUGCUUCUGUUGAGUCUGAUUUAAAUGUUUUUAAAUAAUUAGGAAUACUAAGAAAGUGUAUAAAAUGGCAACUAGAAAAUAAAUA